CUGGACCGGGUCCAAAUGGACACAGUGGACACAGAUGAAUCAAACACCUUUGAUGAACACAACACCAACACAACCUCUGACCAAAGGGUGUUUGUCAACAGAAGUCUGACUCUGGGGAACAUCAGAUGCUACGGCUUUGACAUGGACUACACACUGGCAAUGUAUAAAUCUCCUGACUAUGAGAACCUAGGCUUUGUGCUGAUAAGAGACAGGCUGCUGUCUAUUGGCUACCCUCAUGAGAUUAUACGCUACAGUUAUGACUCCAACUUCCCCACACGCGGUUUAGUGAUUGACACAAAGUAUGGGAACCUGCUGAAGGUGGAUUCAAACGGGAAUAUUUUAGCCUGCAGUCACGGCUUCUACUUCUACAAAGGGCAAGAAAUUCAAAGUUAUUAUCCCAACAACUUUAUUCAGAAAGGAGACACUGACCGCUUCCACAUCCUCAACACCCUUUUUAAUCUUCCAGAGACAUACCUCUAUGCCUGCCUUGUGGAAUUUUUCACGAAUUCCCAGAGAUACAAAAACCUGUUGAAUGGUUACCAGCACGGUGACUUGUUUAUGUCCUUCAGAAGCAUGUUCCAGGAUGUCCGCGAUGCAAUGGACUACAUUCACAAUAGCGGAACUCUGAAAGAUGCAACACUCAAGAAUAUGGAUAAAUACGUUAUCAAAGAUCCAAAUCUCCCUGUAAUGUUGAAACGGAUUAAAAAGGUGGCCAAGGUUUUUCUUGCAACCAACAGUGACUACAUCUACACUGAGCUCAUAAUGAAAUACUUGCUUGAUAAGUCCUGGCGCUCCUUCUUCGACCUUGUUGUUGUGGAUACAAAUAAACCGCUGUUCUUUGCAGAAGGAACAGUACUAAGACAAGUGGACACGAAGCCCUCUCACUUGACACAUUUAUGCCUUGAAGUUGAUGACGGGUGCCACUUUGAUUGGUUAAUUUCUUUUUUCAACAGUAAGUUUUAUGUUAGUUCCAUCUGUAAAUUUAAUAAAGAUCUGAUUGUAGGAUCCUCAGACAUUGUCUGUGAUCUGCUGGAUGUCAAAGGUAAGAACAUCCUCUAUGUUGGAGACCAUAUCUUUGGUGACAUCCUCAAAUCUAAGAAACACCAAGGCUGGAAGACAUUUCUCAUCGUCCCAGAGCUCACCAAGGAGUUGCAAGUAUGGGAAGAUAAGAAACAUCUUUUUGAAGAGCUGAAAAAUCUUGACAUCUUCUUAGCUGACCUUCACAAGCAGCACACCAACGGUCGUGAACAAUAUCCCAACAUCAUCGCCAUCCACACCAGAAUAAAGGUGCUGACGAACAGAAUGGACACCUCCUACGGUCAGAUGGGCAGCCUGCUGCGCAGCGGCUCCAGGCAGACGCUGUUUGCCAGCCAGCUGGUGCGUUACGCGGAUCUGUACUCUUCAUCUGUUCUCAACUUGCUGCACUAUCCCUUGAACUACCUGUUCGUAGCUCCUCCAGUGCUGCUGCCCCAUGAGACCAUCAGUGUGGGUUUAACAUCACCAGAGCUCACUGUCACCAACCACACCAUGAAGAAAAGCUGAGGUUUUACAGUCGUUACCACACAGAGGCCAUCUUUGUCACAGUCCAAUAAAUGAUACUUUUAUCUUUUA